GGUCGCGGAUGACGGGGGAGAAGUUGAUGGCUAUGGGGGCUUGGGAGAGUAGGGGAGACACGAGCAGUAUGUGGGAUAGGACGGCGAGCUGCAUUAGGGAAACAACUAGAGAUGUACUGGGAGUCUCGAGAGGUCGCCGUGGUAGGCGACGAGGGGACUGGUGGUGGAAUGGAGAAGUCGAGGGAAAGGUGGAAGCAAAGAAAGUGGCGUACGCGAGGUUGGUAGACAGCAAAGAUGAGGAGGAGAAGCAGACGAAUGAAAGGUAUAAGAUUGCGAGAAAGGAAGCGAAGUUGGCAGUUUCGGCGACAAAAACGGCAGCUUUCGAAUGGCUAUACGCAGAACUAGAGGACAAAGGCGGGGAUAAGAAGUUGUUCAGGCUAGCCAAGGUGAGGGAGAGAAAGGCACGGGACCUGGAUCGAGUAAAGUGCGUCAAGGACAAGGAUGAUAAAGUAUUGGUAGAGGAAGCUCUCAUUAGACGGAGAUUGCAGUCAUACUUGCAUAAACUCUUGAACGAGGAAGGUGAUAGAGACAUUGUGUUGGGAGAUUUGGAGUACUCUGAGAGGCGUCGCGACUUCGGGUACUGUAGGAGUAUAAAGGUGGAGGAGGUUAAGGGUGCUGUUCGCAGGAUGCGCAGGGGAAAAGCUACCGGUCCUGACGAGAUCCCUUGGGAGUUUUGGAAGAGUGUGGGCAGGGCAGGUUUGGAGUGGUUGACUGGAUUGUUUAAUGUUAUUUUUAAGACGGCGAAGAUGCCUGAGGAAUGGAGGUGGAGUAUGAUAGUCCCUUUAUAUAAGAACAAAUGUCAUAUUCAAAGUUGCAACAACUAUAGAGGGAUCAAGCUACUAAGCCACACUAUGAAGGUGUGGGAAAGGGUGGUGGAGAUGAGGGUGAGAAGAGGCGUGUCCAUUUCAGAGAACCAGUUUGGAUUCAUGUCAGGGCGCUCGACUACAGAAGCCAUCCAUCUUGUGAGGAGGCUGGUGGAGUAGUAUAGGGAGAGGAAGAAGGAUCUGCACAUGGUUUUCAUCGACCUAGAAAAGGCUUACGACAAAGUGCCAAGAGAGGUUUUAUGGAGAUGCUUGGAGGCCAGAGGUGUACCUGUAGCGUACACUAGGGUGAUCAAGGACAUGUAUGAGGGAGCUAAGACCAGGGUAAGGACAGUGGGAGGAGACUCGGAGCACUUCCCAGUGGAGAUGGGGUUGCACCAAGGAUUAACUCUUAGCCCAUUUUUAUUUUCUCUAGCGAUGGAUUGUCUGACACGGCGAAUUCAAGGUGAGGUGCCAUGGUGUAUGUUAUUUGUGAAUGACAUAGUCUUGAUCGACGAGACACGCAGCGGAGUGAACACUAAGCUGGAGGUUUGGAGACAAACUUUGGAGUCUAAAGGAUUCAAUUUGAGUAGGACCAAGACAGAGUACAUGGAGUGCAAGUUCAGUGACGUGACACAUGAGUCUGACGUGGAAGUGAGGCUUGGUACCCAGGUUAUCCCAAAGAAAAGAAGUUUUAAAUAUCUCGGGUCUAUUAUACAAAAAAAUGGGGAUAUUGACGAUGAUGUCUCACAUCGUAUUAGCGCAGGGUGGAUGAAAUGGAGGCUUGCUUCAGGAGUGUUGUGUGAUAAGAAGGUGUCGCCAAAACUUAAAGGCAGGUUCUACAAAGUGGUUAUGAGACCGACCUUGUUGUACGGGGCAGAGUGUUGGGCAGUCAAGAGCUCUCACGUCCAAAAGAUGAAAGUUGCGGAAAUGAGAAUGUUGCGAUGGAUGUGUGGGCACACCAGGCGAGAUAGGAUUAGGAAUGAAGAUAUCCGGGAUAAGGUUGGAGUAGCAUCAGUGGAGGACAAGAUGAGGGAAGCGAGGCUGAGAUGGUUUGGGCAUGUGAGGAGGAGAGGCACAGAUGCCCCAGUGCGGAAGUGUGAGAGGUUAGCUAUGGAUGAUUUCAGAAGAGGUCGGGGUAGGCUGAAAAAGUAUUGGGGAGAGGUGUUGAGACAGGACAUGGCGCAGGUUCAGCUUACCGAGGACAUGACCUUAGAUAAGAGGUUUUGGAGGACUCAGAUUAGGGUAGAAGGCUAGUAGAUAGUCGUUGUUUCGAUUAUAGUCUAUUGUCCUUUGUAUCUUGCUACUAUAUGUAAGGCCUGUGCACGAAUCGGUUCGGUUCGGUUUUGGCCAUCAUCGAGUUGAAAUUUUGAAUUUCGACUUUCUAAAAUUCUCAACCAAACUCGAUCCAUUCUAGGUUCAAUUUGAUUCGUUUUUUAUUAUUUCGGUUCGGUUACACAAAUCGAUUUGUUCGGUUUAUUCGAAAUUUAAACAAGUAACUAUUUUCAUUUCAGUUUUAGAGUAAACAUAACAAAAAAUAAUGAGACCCUAAAUUUACAGCCUUAUAACCAAGACAUUAACCAAGAAAAACCCGUAAACUUGCAAGCAUAAUAGCAUAUAAAUAGCAAAACAAGAGCUUGACAACUUGUCCAAGCAUACAAAUCCGCCAACACCACAUUACAUAUACCAAAUUAACAAUCCAGCAUCUUGCAACUUGUAAGCAGACAAGCAUAAUAACUCAGUUUGCAUCCUCAGAAAAACAAAAAACAAAAACUCUAAUUUGUACAAAGCUAAGAUCAAAGAACAAACAAAGCCAUAGGUGGAGGCAAUGACCAAAAGGCAAAGAUGGCUCGUGAGAAGAACGCUGAAAAGACGAAAGACCAAAAGGGAAGUCAGCUUGAGGCCAACAAGAAAGCCAUGAAUAUCAAGUGCAAGGUGUGCAUGCAGACAUUCAUUUCCACCACUUCUGAAGUUAAAUAAAUAUUACUUCACUAUUAAGUAUUAAACGUAUAUAUAGUUAGACUAUUAGAGUAUUAGUCAUAUUAGUCACUAGUGACAUAUAAAUUCGAUUUGUUCGAGUCGAUUCGGUUGAUAAUUGAAGCCAACCGUAUCCGAACCAUUAAACCGUAAUAUUUUACAAUUGCAUUUGUAAAUCGAAAUCGAAUUGUAUUAUCCAAAUUGAAUUACCCGAAUUGUUUCGAAUCGGUUCGGAAAUUCGGAUUGAACCGAUUUGUGCACUGGCCUAACUAUAUGUGGUUUCUUGUACUUCGAUUAUCUUAUUUAUCUGUGGUAGCUACUGCUCCCUUUUUUCAUACUGCUCUAUUUUGACGUAUUCGCUU